AUGCCCGUCACCAUCCGGCCACAGCCCGAAACGGUCGGAGCAAACACAGACCGUGUCGUCAGCUCCUCCCAAGAGCUGCUCGCCAUCACCUCAAGGGCCUGGACGCUCGAGUCCUCAGUCCCCAGUCCCGGCCUGCAAACAAACAAGCGACCAGGCCCAGAGGACCGGCCCGUGUUGCGGACGUCAUUCGAGGACAUCCGUCUCGACCCGUUCGGAAAUGGCGCGAGCGCCCAGGGCCUCGUCCCCUACGGAAACGGCUUCGUCGAGGGCGUUAUCCGGGCCUUUGAGCAGGACCUGCACCUCGUACUGCGCCCCGACGACGUGUGGCUCGCUAUUCUCGUUCAGUUCAGCUUCUACGUCAAUGGAAAUGCCGAGGAGCUGCGGGACAUAUUUGUGAGCCACGAGGGGAAGAAAACGCUGGCGAUUAACUUGAUGCCAGCGUCCCUUGAGAACAUCAAUUUUGAGGUCAUGUCCGAUAACACCACGACCGCAAAUGACCGGACGGUGUCGGCGUUGGUUCUCAUGGCGACCAUGAAAUCAUACUUCGAGUACGUGGUCAUGUUUGGGUGCGGCUUCCCUUCGGUGACGCUGGAGGGGGAGAGGGAGGAUUGGGAGGAGCUGGCGGCAAGGAUCCAAAGGUUCUCCAAGUAUGGGAGCGAGCCUGCAGAGUGGUGCAUAUAUCUAUCGAAAGUCGCGGAGAAGAUGGUUGCAAGCUUCGACAGGCCGGAUGAUCAGGACAUCAAGGACUUUUGGAUGCAGGCGUGUCACUCUGCGGGCGCGAGUGGCUCUGGAGGGGUGACGACACUGUCGGGAUGGCUGACCGCGUUCUGCUUCUGGAGCGAAGAGGGCAGACCGAUCCAUGCCUACUCUGACCAGGAUUUGGUGAACAUUCCGAUGGGGCAGGGCGUGGAUCGCAAAAGACUCGUUCUGGAUGGCGUUUCGUUUCCUGUAAUCUCCCGCGGCUCAAUACCUAACGCUGUGUCGGAUGUACCCAUCAAGUUGGAGGAUAUGGGAUCAGGGAAGACGUAUCAUACGACAGUUGUUGCAGGAUUAGUGGCGAUGCAAAGGGUGCAAGGGGAAAGUGAAUCCCAAAUCACCAGAGUCCAGCCAAGAUCCGGCUGGUGGAUGCUGCUGGAUAGCAUGGAGUAUUAUAUGGACGAUGACAUUUGCUAG